GUGUUCGAAAUUUGAAAUUCGGUGUCGAUUCGGACUUGAAUCAAGAUUGAAGAAUGUAUCAGUUGUUCGCCACGCGCUGUGAGCGUCGCACGCAGCGACACGAGUAUGUUUCGUGCAGUGUCCGUGACUUGGAAGCGAUACUGGUGGGGCACAGGUAUUCUUCCAGAUAGAACAAAUCGUAUUGAAGAUAUCUAUCUACGGUUUUAUAAUGGAAAUUCUUUCGAAGAAUACGUGGAUCUUCCACUGCACCAAGCUUCGCAACUGUUCGAGAUCAAAGGCUUUGACAACAACAACCCCACCGUCCUUUACAUCCACGGCUUCAUAGAAACUGCCCAACAGGAAAGUGUGCAGGUCAUGGUGAACGCGUACUUAGAGGCGAGACCGGAUACUAAUAUCAUACUAUUAGACUGGUCUAAUAUGUCCCAUGGCUCCUACUUGGUCAACGCUGCGAGAAACACGAAAAAGGUCGGAGCAGCAUCAGCCGAACAACUGAGUAAGCUCAUAGAUGCAGGUCUAUCGAUAGAUAAACUUCAAGUUAUAGGUCACUCCUUAGGCAGUCACGUCGCUGGCUACCUGGCAAGAGAACUCAAGACUAAACACAACAAAACUAUUAAAAGGUUAACCGCCCUCGAUCCAGCCUUCCCAGCGUUUUACCCCGACGGCGUGGUCAUGGAACACGUGACUGACAAAGACGCGGAGUUCGUUGACGUCAUCCACACGGAUGCGGGCGGAUACGGGGCGCCCGUGCGUACGGGGACUGCCGACUUCUGGCCCAACGGUGGGAAGAGCAUACAGCCUGGUUGUCCAAGAUUCGCACCUAUACCUUUAUCCGAUGACAAUUUAUGCAGUCACUGGAGAUCAUGGCGUUUCUAUGCAGAAUCCAUACGCAACCCUGAAGCGUUUCCAGCAUCGCCAGCAGAUUCCUACCAUAAGUUUAGAGAAAACCAAUCCCCUGAAGUUGGCAUGGUCUACAUGGGAUCUAACUGUGAUACCAAUGCCCGAGGCUCAUACUACUUGACGACUAACGCUGAAUCUCCAUUUGGUAAAGGCAUGGAAGGCUUAUAUCACAAAAAUAAAAAUUCGAAGAACAAAAAAUCAUAAUCUCAUCACAAAAUGAAACAUUUAAAAUGAUCAUGAAAUUACUUAUUAUAUUAUAAUUAUUAUAUUAUAUUAUUAUAUAUACAAGAAACAUUGCCAUGUUGCGGAAAAUGAAGGAACACUUUUUUCUACGAGCUUACUAAGGAUAAAAAAGUGAUUGCGAUGCCCCCAGACAAGGAUUUUUAUGUUUCUGUUCAGGUUUAUUUUCACUGGGAAAAUAUGUAAGUAGGAAUAUAGUAGGUAUUUUGACCAAAGAUACCUACUUAACAAAUAAAACCGUUAAAAAACCUUAAAAAAAUCUAAUCUAACAACUCCCGUUUGUUCGACUUGGCGAAGGCACUGCCGUGUCUUCUGAUCUAAAUGUGGCACACCAAAUAAAUAUCGCACUUUGUGCGAAUAUGUAAAACUCUUAUGCAUGCUAGGUAUCGUCUUUUAAAUACUGUAAUUCCUUGGAAUAUUGAAUUAAUUUAUACCUUAAUAUUCUAAAAAUACAUUUGAACAUAAAGGCGAAUGUGAUUCACAGCAAUUUUUUGAAUGUCAUAACUAAGCCCACUUUGACGAGACAUUAUUAAAUGGAAACGUACCUGCACUUAGACUGUAAGUUAAUUACAGUUUACAUCAAUCAACUUUGCCAAUUUACACCUGGUUCAUACGAUACCUUUAAUUUAGAUACGCUCAGAAAGGAAUGACAAAAGAGACCAAUGAAGUUAUGGGAAGAUUGUGUGUAAAGCAUCGAUCUCCUAUUGUAAACUGAAUCAUCGUCCAAAAAACGUCCCCACUCAAUGAGUGCUAAACACAACUUCUUGGCACUCAAUUCAAUUAGUGGCAUUUGCAAAUUCAAUCUUAAACUCAAUACUUAAGGUAGGAAUUAUAAUUUUAGUGAAAUAGAUAUAUUGACAUUAUUUUAGUUUAAGAAACCAUAUCACAAUUUAGUCUGUAUUAGGUAUACUACUUAAUAGCUGAAAAAGUUCAUACCUUAAUUGGAUUUUACUCAUAGCACAUGUUCAGACAAAAUUGUAUUCUGUUAAUAAUAUGCUAAAUAAUUGUAUACAUCUAAUUAAAUUUAUAUAUACUUAUAAGCACGUAAACUAUUGUAAGUAUUGACACUCCUAAAUAUUGAAUUAUUGCAAAGGUGUCUCUGAAUGAACUUUAGAUCUAUUCUGUAAUUAAGGUUUUAGAACUCAACUGUGUGAGUUUAGAAUUCGUAUCUACCUCUCUUUGUCUAUACUACUGUGUUAGACAGAGGUAGAUACUAACGAGUUCUUUAACAUUAUUACAGAACUAGCUGAGGCCACGCGGUUUUACCCGCGUGGUUCCCGUUCCCGAAAGAAUACGUAGAUAAUAUAUAGUCUAUAGCCUUCCUCGAUAAAUGGGCUAUCUAACACUGAAAGAAUUUUUCAAAUCGGACCAGUACUUCCUGAGAUUAGCGCGUUCAAUCAAACAAACUCUUCAGCUUUAUAAUAGUAUAGAUUUCUCUAUUGUACUUCCUUAGUUCCCUUAGGCCUAGUUCGGACUACUUUAGUAUUUUAGUCGAGUACGAACAUUUUUUGGAUUUAUCGCCCAAUAAUCUAAUGUAGUCUGAACUAGGCAAUAAAGCACGGAUGACUAAGUAACUUGGGUAUGUAUUAAGUACUUUGCACAAUUAUUAAUGAGUACAUUAAACCGAGACUAAAGGUGUAUGGUGAUAAUAGGGAUCUGAUAAUGUGGUAAGUACCAAAUUUUAGGAUACGAAUGUAAUUAAAAUUUCUAUCAUUAUUAUGUUAAAAUAAUAAUAUAGGCCUUGUAUAGGCAGAUUUCUUUACAUUUUGAGAAACUGCUCGCAACCAAAAAAAAAUAAAAUAUUUCGUGUCAAAAUGCGAAUGGUAUGUAUUUUAUAAGUAUACUCGUAUUGUAAUGCAUUGAAAUUUAUAAAUUUAAGUAAUAAUAAUAAUUAUAAAUAUGCUGGCUACUCGAGACCGUUGUGCUUGGAGGUCCAUGCAAGAGGCCUAUGUCCAGCAGUGGACGUCUAUCGACUGAUAAGGUAAUAAAUAUAAUUAUGAGCUGUGUUCGCCUUAAUAACAUUGUACUUAAAAUGUCAGCUACUAGUAGAAAUUAUUACUUGUCAUCGUCAGUGUCGUAAUUCUGUAAUAGCUCAUAGUUAGUAAUUACCUGUUUAAACACAUAAUCAUAGUGCACUUAACAGUAUUUUAUUAGGUAGGUACAUACUACAUUUAAACCUACUACACUAAUACCUACCAAGGUUCCACGAUUGCCCAGCAGGCCAUGAAAUGACGCCGCCGCACCGCACCGUGUAGACAGAUAAAAACCGCACACAAGCCGCACUGAUGCCGCAUCGCGCCCGCUUCUAAUCUGUAUCACCUCCGGAUCGAAGCUACAAACUGUGUGUAGUAGGUAUACUAAACUUGUUAGUUUUACGACUACAGCGCAAAGUUCACGUUUGAGGUUGAUCAAGCACGAUGCUGCGUUUCGUGAAUAAAUAUUAAGUACUAUAGAAGAGAAUAAUCGGGAAUGACUCAUUCAUAUAAUAAAUAAGGUUUUUUUUAUUAACUCCUCAGCUCUUUGAAAAAAGCGUUUUUAUUAAAAAUUUUGCGUCAAAAUUAACCACAAAUGUCUUUGCGCGCCAAAAGAGAAAAUGUACUUACUCACAGACUUCUUUUACGAUUUCGUUCUUGCCACUGAUUGUAUAGUAAGUGAACAAUAAAAACUUUCUUUCUUUUUACUUACUUUUACUUUUUACAUAGUCCGACUAUGCUGUGUGAACUGUGAUUAGGAUUACACGUGAAAAAAUCGCAGCUUCGACGAUGCGGCUCGAAUGCGGUUUUUAUCUGUCUACAGCUAUACGAAAUUAUUCUGCGGCGUAAUCUGUAUGAAGCCUUACAAAUAUAAUUAACAUGUAGAUGUAGGUUUAAUAACUUUACUGGACAUCACAAACACUAUCGUCUUCAUUUUAUAGAAGAAGGCGUGUAACAUAAACCGGUUUACCAAAAAACCGUUGAUUAGCAACCACUUAGACAGAUGAUAAUUUAUUAUCAUGUUUUUGCUUUGUUUACGUUGUUACUUCUUUAGAUUAAAACACAAACGCGCCUAUGCCUAUCUUUAAAUCUCUUACUUCCAUUAUUUUAGUUUCGUUACUACCAGUAGUGCUUAUGUAUACCUACUUAAGUAAAGUAAAUAUUAUCACAAUAUAGUAGAGACACGCACAAUAAUGUAUCACAACGAACAAGAUUGUAAACGUAGGCAUCGAUCAUAGAUCGUUAGAUGGGCCGCAGAGCGUCGCGGAAAUGUCAUUGGUUUCGCAAAUACUUACGAAUGAAAAGUGUUGCGGCUUGUGUUUUUACACUUCCAAAAUGAUCACGAAUGCAUAAUUAAGGGAUUAAACAAGAAAAAAUCAGUAAAAUAUUUUUUUAGUCACAACAUGUUGCAUACUAAGUUAAGAUGUGCGUGCACGUCUUUGAGUAAUAACAACAUUGUGCGUUCUUUAAUAUGGAGGGGCCCAUCUAACGAUUUAUUUCGAUGAACGUAGGUAUGUAUAAUUCAAUAAGUAUUCUAGGUUUUUAUACAAAAUAAAUUCGACUAAAACUAAA